CAUAAUGCUCGUGCCUUCGCCGAAGCUACUCAGCAGGACGCCGUGCACCAACCAAACCUGCAACCCGGUCGUCAACUUGCAAAUCGGGCGCCGUUCGCUGCAUCGGACCGUGAGUUCAAGAAGCAAACAUCCAACAGCUUCUGGCACGUUUCAUUUUCGUGGUCCAUAUAUUUCUUCUUUCCUCCAUGGUUAUUCCCAGGAAGCACGCAGCUUGCUAAUAGACGUCUACCUUCCAGCUUGGUCUAGAUAACGUCACAGCUAGUAGCCGUCAAUCCGCCUUUUGCGACGCCGAACUGCGCAUGCGCAGUGCCCUAGCGGCUGAGGAGCGAAGCGAUUUGGCAGGCGCUAGAGCAGACGGCGGGCGGCCGGGGCAGCUGCGCUAUUCUCGCUGCCGCGCGCACGGCACGCCUUCCUAACAUAUUGACAUCGAAAUUUGGUGCGAUGCCAAUGUCGUGUGUCGCGUACGGCUGCAGUUCACGUGACAGUCCCAGCAGGACAGUGCGAUUUUUCCGAUUUCCGUCGGUAAAACGAGAUCGACAGCGCCGUGAAGCCUGGAUUAGGGCUGUGAAGCGGCAAGAUGCGCAAGGGCGUCCAUGGCAGCCGUCAGCAGCAUCUCGACUCUGCGGGAAGCACUUUGUGACAGGGGCACCUUCACUGUCACCCAGACAUCCGGACUUCAUACCGACGCUGUUCGUGUAUACAGACCAGUUCAGAAAGAAGGACGCGGUCGACCGCCAUGUUCGUACCGCGGCGCGUUCCAAGAGGAAAACAGGCGCUCCACCAACAGCAGGUACAGAGGUUUCAGGUCAAGGAGGAAUUUGUAAAGGUCACAGUGAUGGGGAACCAGACACGUCCUGUGUUCAGGGCCUCACAAAUGCAACGAGCCUAGCUGAACGUAUCACUGUUGCCAAAGCAGCAUGUCAUGCCCCUUCCAAGGUUGUUGGUCAGGCCGAGGUUGGCACGCAGUGCAGCUUGCCUCUGGCUGACAAGUCUGUUGGAUGCUCCUUCAAAGCAUGCAGUGAAUCGAAGAGCGUGCAGGCUACAGAGGCUGUGGAUCAGUCAAGCUCCACCUCAGCAUCGAAGCCUUCUAUUUCUCCGUCAACUGCCAAAUGUGACAACACGCAGCAAGGAUGCCUCCACCAAUGUCAUCUCUGUGAUUAUGCGACUGAUAAACCAUUUCGUCUGGAAGCACACACCAAGGUCCAUACUGGCAAGCAUCUGUUUCAAUGCCAUUUGUGCCCUCUGAGCUUCUCAAAAAGGAACACCCUGCACAGGCACCUGUUCAUCCAUACUGGCGGGCAUCCGUUUAAAUGCCCUUCGUGUCCUCGAAGCUUUUCAAAAAAAGUUGCCCUGAACAGGCACCUGUACGUUCACGGGGGUGAGCGACCAUUUCAGUGCUCUUUGUGCCUUCAGAGUUUCUCACAAAAGAGCCACCUGAAAGAGCACCUCCGCACCCACACAGGUGAGAAGCCAUUUCAGUGCCCUUCAUGUCCUCAGAGCUUCUCGCAUAAGUCCAGCAUGAAGCACCAUCUGCGCACCCACACAGGUGAGAAGCCAUUUCAAUGCCCUUCAUGCCCUCAGAGCUUCUCGCAUAAGUCCAGCAUGAAGAAACACCUGCGCACUCACACAGGUGAGAAGCCAUUUCAAUGCCCUUCAUGCCCUCGGAGCUUCUCUCGCAAGUCCAUCAUGAAAGAACACUUACGCACCCACACAGGUGAAAAGCCAUUUCAAUGUCCUUCAUGCCCGUGGAGCUUUUCACGCAAGUGCAGCAUGAAGGAACACCUGCGCACCCACACAGGCGAGAAGCCAUUUCAAUGCCCUUCAUGCCCUCAGAGCUUCUCACGCAAGUCCAGCAUGAAGGAACACCUGCGCAUUCAUACAGGUGUGAGACCCUACCGUUGCACCGUCUGCUCCGAGUCCUUUGUGCGGGCUGAUUAUUUGAGCCGACAUAAGAGAACACAGCACCACAGUACUGUAGAUUAAGUCAACUUUCUUGCAUAAGUAUAGCAUGACCACCUGCGCAUUCAUACAGGUGACUGACCACGCCUGUUGCACCAUCUGCUCCAAGUGUUCUUUGCACAGGCUGGUUGCUUGUGCAGACAUAAAAGAACACAGCACCAUGAUAUUGUAGAGUACUUCAACAGAUAUGUUGAACUAUUGUUUUAAUUAGGAAUCUACAAACGUGUAGCGUGCUUCACGGUGUUCUGCUGCGCCAAGUAACACAAGUGUCCCCAUAUGCUCCCACUAACCCUUAUUUGGAAAGCGCGGUAGGAAAAAAUGUGUUGAAUUGUUGUGAAACCUACAUAUCCUGCGGUGCUCUUGUUGGAAAAGUGCAUGGCACUACAGUUAAGAUGUGCUGUUGUUCGACAUCACUGUAUAGGUAUUGCAGGGAGCCAACUUUCAGUAUGUUUUUCUCCCUUAAAAAAUACUCCGACUAAACUUCCUCAAGCAUAACAAAGUAUGACACCAUCUUCAUGCCUGCUGCUGAAUGCACUAUCAUUGGUAUAUUUAUAUGGAAUGCAAUAAUGUGAAAUUUACUGACAAAAGCACCAUUUUCUUAAAUUUUGGAGUACAUUUUCUCUACUUUUGAUGUUGGUUGCAUGCCAAAGCACUUUUCGCAAAUUACCUACGAAUGUCAGGUAACAGAACAACAGUGAACAAAGCGAAAAUUUAUAUGUUUAGAAACCACAUAUUCCCUGGAAUGUGCAUUUUGGUUCGGAAAUGGUUGGUUCUCUGGACACUGUCUGGUCGUACCGUGGCCCGUUGCUGGCUUAGCAGCUUACCAGUAUUGCAUUUAGAAGCAUGAUGUCGUGGGAUAAGAUCUCGGCCGCGACAGCCAUGUUUCAAUGAGGGUGAAAUGCAAAAAUGCCCACGUCCCGUGCAUUGGGAGCCACGUUGAACAUCUCCAGGUGGUCAAAAUUAAUAUGGAGUCCCCCACUACGGUGUGCCUCGUAAUGAGAUCAUGGUUUUGGCAUAUAAAACUCCAGAAUUCAAUUUAAUUCUGGUUAUACCAUGCUGUAACAUAUUGGAAUUCAGAAACAGAGGAAGGUAGUCUUUUUAUGUCUUAGGUGCCUGGCAGAGGUGCACAGCACUGGUCCCACAUACAACUGCAAAAUGAAUCUCGGCAGAUGAUUCAAUGAUUGAAGUGUGAAAUGAAUAAAUAAACAUUUCAAGAGAACCCCUCUCAUGAUUACUCGAUGUGAAUGUAAUUAUAUUAGCAUUCAAGCAGUUUAGUGAUGCAUCGUAUUGCCGAAGACACCUGUAUUUCCGAUCUGUGGUGGUUACUCUGAAAUUUCCAUUCUGUUGGCUAUAUGCUACAUAUAGUCUCUGGGAUUAAUCUAGUUUUCUAUGACAUGCUCACCAGGGUUUGGCAUGAUGGUGGCGUAGUGAUCAUGGAAGGACGAAGAGUGAAUGAAGUCGAGCGAACGAUAAAGGCGCUAUGACAAGUAUGUGAUGAUGACAAUGGAAUGGCGAUUCUGAAAUGAUGACAAUGAUAUAACGAGGACAUUGUGACGAAGACGGUACAGCAACAACGGAAUGAGGAGCAUGCGAUUUCAGAGACGUGAUUAAUGCAUGACCAUGACAGCGUCACGACGAUGGUGCGACAAGAAUUGGAUGCAUGAUGAGAGUUGGAUAAUGGUGGAAUGAUCACAAUGGCAUCACGACCACCAAUGCUCCCUAACCAAUUUUAAUGGGUACCAUAACCCAUCUAUUAGAGAUAGACGUGCUACUACAAUGGCUUCAGCUCCGGGGAAAGCUGCAGUUUAUAUAUCAUCGCAAAUUGCUCACACAGUGAUUGACCUGGAGCCAUGGUGUAGUGGUAAUCAAGAAGUUGUCGGGGUCCUGACACGACCAGUGAAGACUCCUGUCAUUCUAGUGUCAUUCUACGCCAGACCGCAGCGCACACGUUUGAACUUGGGGUGGAUAGCCCAUCUCCGGUCUACGUACCCGGGAAUUCCUAUUCUCGUGGGUGGAGACUUCAAUGCCCCACAUACAGAAUGGGGGUACAAGUACAACUCCCGAAGAGGAUGCCAAGUUAAAAACAUCAUGAGCGAUGCCACUUUUACACUGCUGAACCAUCAUGCUGUGGCUACCUGUACUGUACCCGCAGUAUCUAGAACAAACGCCCCAGACCUCACGUGGUGGUUGGGUCCUGGAAUGCCGCAGUGGCGGGUGGAACCAGAUACAUGGGGCAGUGAUCAUAUGCCAAUAAUAAUUGGUUUGCACAGAACGUGCAUAAAGAAAAUUCGACGACGAGUAACAGUCACGCAUUGGGAUAAGUUUCGGGAAUCAUCGACUGAUAAAGUACCCUCAGAGCCCUCAGAAAUUCUUCCCGCUUUGAAAGAACUGCUACGGAGGAACACCACUGUAACCACAGUUGACGAGGAACAACCUCAACCGGACCUCACCCUUUUGCAACUUUGGGCAAAGCGACGUCAGGCGGAAUUGUAUGCGUCGAGAAAUCCCGAUGCACCAGGUAGCCGUGCACGUGCUAACCAUAUAGCGGCGAAGGCGCGUCAGCACGAAAAGCAACUUUCUCGACGACGAUGGUAUGAGUGGUGCGAGAAUCUUGGAUCGGGCAUUGGAAACAGAGCACUUUGGCGCACGUUCCGGUCAAUGGAACGCGGUCAUAAGCAACCUGACCCUGCAGCGAGCGUUAGGUUAGCGAUGCAGAGUUCGCCGCAUCAAUUUGCAGAACACGCUGCUAGAGCGUUUUUCCCGAAAUACGAUCAAGCGUCACCUAUAAACUGCCCCGAAAUUCAUGAGUGUGACACAACUUCCAUAUCCGAUAUAUCCAGCCCUUUCACCAUGGCCGAACUAAUAGCGGCGAUUGAAACUUCGAAGAAACGAACAACACCUGGUCCCGAUGGUAUUCCUUAUGAGGUUUUCAAGAACAUGGAAGGAGCAGCUCUCGACGCACUUCUUCAGGCUAUUAAUAAAGUAUGGGAGACUGGAAACGUUCCACCUGAUUGGAAGCACUCAAUUGUUGUCGCGAUUCCGAAACCAGGAAAGUCUCCAAAUAGCCUGCAAUCUUUACGCCCAAUUUCACUAACCUCAACUGUCUGCAAACUCGCUGAAAAGAUGCUGGCCACACGAGUUUCCUGGUGGCUUGAACGCUACGAUAAAUAUCAUCCUGCUCAAAUUGGAUUCCGUUCUUACUUGGGAACUGAAGACGGACUUUCUAUCUUAUCAGACGAUGUUUUACAGGUUUCUCCACACAGUCACGCUGUGCGCACGGUAGUAGCAACAGACAUAACGAAAGCUUAUGACAAUAUAGACCAUGAAAUCAUUAUAUCCAACCUCAUCGACCUGGGACUUCCACCGCGGGUGAUAAGAUUCAUCUACUCAUUCCUUCAGAAUCGCACAUUUGCGAUUAGAGUAGAUGGAAGGCAAGAAGGAUACUUCACAUUGAACAGAGGAGUCCCACAAGGUUCGGUUCUGGCUCCUCUUCUCUUCAACGUUGCUCUAAUACCUCUAGCCUGGCAACUACAUCGGAUUCCAGAUGUGAGGUUCUUAAUCUAUGCAGAUGAUGUCACUUUGUGGUCCGUGCAUAAAGAUAUAUCUAGACAAACUCAACAGCUUCAAGAAGCCCUUGAUGUGCUGAACAACUACGCUCGGAAAGCAGGAUUGGACAUUUCCGCCCAAAAAUCAAGCUAUGUUGUGGUGGCCAACAAGAAAGGACGCACAAGAAUCACGCAGCACCCCUUUACAUUUAGACUCGGCGCAGUAACAAUCCCUGAGGCUUCUGAGGUCCGCAUACUGGGUCUCGAUAUUCACCAAUCCGGCAGUGGUGCACACUGGCUCCGUAAAACCAGACAGAGUUCGACAAAAACACUUCACCUUAUUCGUCGCAUUGCAGCAAAAGCAGCUGGAGCUCGUACUGACGUAGCUCGACGGUUGGUGCGUGCAGUCUUGCAGCCACGAAUUUUAUAUCAAGCACAAUUUCAACGGCUGACGUUGGCACAGCUAGCACAGUUGGAGACGAUUAAUCGCGAUGCUAUGCGCACAAUCACAGCACUGCCCCGCAUCACUCCGAUACCAGCUCUACAGGAACAUGCCCAGCUCAACACAAUUGCAGAGCUAAUUUUGCAACGUGAAAAAGCACGUGAAAUAAAAAAGCAACUUAUUCCGGCUGUCGCUGCGCUGCAUGCUCAUUUUCACCGCGGCUCUCGGAUUGACAAUCAGCCCUGUCCAAUGCCUCCCUGGGAAUUCACCAGCAUCACAACUAAUAAGCCAACGAAGUUACGACGCAGCGAUACAACAGGUACUAUUGACGAACACAACAUCGUCGCUGCAUCAUGCGUUAACACCUGCAAAGUCUAUACGGAUGCUGCCAUUCUCCCAGACGGCGGAAGGACAUCAUUCCUGAGUACAACGCAUAAUUUCAUCAGCGGCCACCAGCGCUAUUUAUCUACGGAAGCCAGCGCUCUAGUAAUGGAACUUCAAGCCAUCCACGACGCUAUGCAAGAUGCGACAUCUAAGCUGCCUACCAUCAAGCAACUAGACAUCUUCACGGAUUCUUUAGCGGCUAUGCAGGAACUCAAGAAGGUCGAUAAGGCGAUGGAAAUCUGCGAGAGAAUACACACUAUGAAUAGUAAGACAGCUACUUGCGUCAAGGUACACUGGAUUCAAGGCCAUUCAGCGAACCCUCACAACAUUGCUGCUGACCAGCAGGCACACUGCCCUCCUAAUCCUGAUCCUCCACCUAUUCCCCUCCCACCCCAACCCCGUAACUCGCUGCGAGCCCGUAAAAAUGUUCUCCGGCAGGACACACGCGCUCUUAUCCCACCGUGUGUCUGCUCCCUCCCCCUUCACCUUACUAGGGCGGAGGAAGUUGUGCUUAGGAGGCUUCGGGCCGGGGUGGCCCUUACACCGGCUGUUGUCUCAAGGUGGAACUGGUCGCAUUUACCACUGGGUGCUACGUGUCCAUACUGCUCCGUUCCUGUGGUGGAAUCAGAUGCAUACCACCUAAUAUGGACGUGUACGGGUUUAAGUUCGGAACGCUCGCGUCACCUACUGCAAGCCGGCCUCCGCUACAGUGUGACAACCAGCUAUGACCGCUGGAUACAUGAUAACAGAUUUCACAAAACACUGCUUCAAUUCAUACACAACACAGGCCUCACAGCACACAUAUAAUACACAUAUACGCUCCAACAAUUAUGCCUUAAGGGCAAGCCUUCAUCGCAAUAAAAAAAAAAAAAAAAAGUGACCAAAGCUGCAAUCCUUUCUACUUGUUUUCCUUGCCUCACCACAAAAGUUUACUUUGGACAUGUCAUGAUUGCACAACCACUGCAAAUGUUACUGCCCAAAGCAGCUAUGAAGCAGGAAACUGGCCAGUGACCGUUUCCGUAAGUCUGCAGCCUGUUACCAUCGGAUGGGUUUGCAUGCAGUCACUCUGACAUCAGUGUCGAUUGCAAGAUGUUGUCCAACUCAUGCGUUUGUCUAGGCAACAAGGAGAAGCAGAAUUUGCUAAUUUCUGAUGAAGCAGAAGUGAUUUCUUCCCAUUUGUUUACCAGUUUCAAGCAAGCCAAGUGCGAAUUGCAUCAAAUAUUUUUCGAGCAUGACUACUAUUGUUUUUGCAAGAACAGUUUUUACCAACCAGAGGUACGGAAAAAUUAUGGCAUAACUCAUCUCUCGAUGACUUGAUGGUAUUCCUGUGGGUGGGCAGCGCAACCCGGACAAGGACGAAAGGAAGAACACAACACGAGCGCUUGAUGGUAUUAUUCGAGCGAUGCAGCAACUCACCAUAUUUCUAAAGUCACGUUUAUUGAACAUCCAUAGCGGUCAUUUUGAGACUUCCAUUGCUUCGGCUAUAUGCAACUUCUGUAUCGUCUCGCGUACUAUGGUACUGACUUGCAAAGGUUUUCCAUGAGCAUGAGGGCAUGAAAACGACUGUAGGAUGCCGACGCAGUGACAACGAUAGAAUGGCAAAGAAGAAAUGAUGAUAGAAUCACAAAGGCGAUAUCACAACAAUAUGAUGGCAAUUCCUGAAUGGCAGCAGCAUGACAACAUGAGGACAAUGGAAUGACAAUGAUGGCACGACCACACUGGCAUAACAACAGCGUCAUUUCAAUGAAUGCAUGAUAGCGACUGUCUGAUUGCACAAUGAUGAUGAUGAUGUGACAAUGGUAGCAUAAUUGCAUUUGAAUGAUGAAGGAAUGACAUUGAGAAUCGAUGAAGGCUGAUUACUGAGACUGCGGCAUGAUGACAAUGCGAUAUUUCUCAGGUGAUGACAAUAGUAAAACGACAGCAUUAUGACCACAAUGGUAUGUCGACUGUGUGACGAUGAUAGCAUGAUGUGGGUGGAAUAUCGAAGUUAUAGUGAUUUUCACUAUCACUGUCACUAUAAAAAUGGGCCUGCCGGGAUGGCAUUGUGAUGUAGGUAUUACAAAAAUGCAUGUCAACAAAGCAAUGACAACAAUAGGAUAACGGUUAGCACAUGACAACAAUGGUGUAACGAUGACUAUCAUAAAGCCUGUUACAACAAUGGCAUGAUGACAAUAUGAGGAGAGUAUGAUGAUGAAGCUGGAGUGUCGAUGAUGGCAUGACCACAACAGCAUGAUAUUGAUGGCAUAAUCAUGACUGAAUGACAUUGAUGGCAUAAUCAUAACUGAAUGAUGACAGAAUCAUUACGAUAGAAUGAUGAAAAAGAAAUUGCGACAAUAAAAUGAAGGCAUUAUGACGAUGACACAAUGACAGUGACAUGACAAGUCAGAUUACGAAGUUAGAAUGAUGACGAUGGAACGACUGUGACAGCAUCUGUACAUCUGCAUUUGUGUGCCAGGGAAGGCAUGGAAUAGAGUUUCUCCAAAAAGUUGGGCUUCGUUGUAGAAGUUUGAGGUGGCAUGAAUGAAGGCGAAGGGUGGAAAAAUUGCUGCAGAAUCCCCGUCAUGAUGACUGUCAACGGCAAUGCGUUAGCAUUGAAUCAAUAUAGUGACACAACAUAUUGCCACCAUGCAAAACAAGUUGUUUAUGAAGCGUGUACUGCAGUGGGACUCCUCUUUCACCCUUCUGUAAGCCCACUUGGCACCCACUAGCGCCACCACUGCAGAGCGUACACGCGGCCUCCAAAAUCAUGGUGCACGAGUGCGUGCAAACGCUGAGAACUGCAUCAUGCAGCAACCAGACUCUUCUCUCGCACUUCUUUCUGGAUGUGCUGUGCCAUCUAAUGGCACUGCCAAGAAGUCCGCAUGUGGCCUCCGAGAUGAGAAGCAUGGCACGCAGGUGCCUGAAAAUGCCAAGAAUUGUUCCCUUGCUUGCCACAUGCUCAGUGGCGCAUACUCAGUGAAUCAAGUUGCCGAGAGGUUCAUUGAAGUGGCACUCACCCAGUGCAUUCAUGGUGCAGCUUGCUAAAGUGUUGGCAUGAAAGGUGAUAAUUGAAAAGAGGCACAUAGCCAGUGCACUUGUGGUGCAGCCUUCUAAUGCAUCCUGUUGCUGUUCUUAAAGAACCUUUGUGACAUGGGAUUGAUUCUGCUCAGCAUCGAAGAAAUUUAAGUGAUAUUUUUUUGUCAUUCAAAACUACCGCAUUCCCAGUGGCACAUACGUAGUUACCCAAGUUGGUGUCAGACAUUUAUUGAAGUGCGGCAAACAUCUAAUGGCACCUACCCAGUGACCCACACUGGUGUGCCAUGCAUUUCGGAGACCGCGUGCAGGCUUUGCGGUGGCGGCACCUGAAGCACAGUCUUCUUGAAGAACCGUAAAAGAGGAGUCCCGCUGCUGUAUAAGCCUCAUACAUAAAUCGUUUUGAUGGUGGCACUACAUGUGUCACUAUAUUGAUUCAAUGGUAACACAUUACCGUUGACAGUCAUCGUGAGAUGAGUUCUGCCACAUUUUAUUUUCGUUAAUAAACUUGCAGUUGUGAAUCAGUGUUUGUGUGUGUGCCUUAAUUUCCUCAUGUGAUGUUGUGCUCUGUGGUUUAGCUGAUGUCAUUUUUUGGCGGCAAUGCCGAUGUCACUGUUAUUGAUUUUCAGUUUUUUAAACUAUAAUUGUCUGCCCAACACAAUACAGAAAAAGUGAAAUAAAUGGACACAAUAUGCA